AUGCUCGUCUCCGUGUCGUCCUCGAAACUCGCGACCCGCGCGUCGCGCUCGCUGUUCGCCAAGGCCAGCGCCAUGCCCAGCGUCGCGCUGACGGAAGAGUUCCCGGCCGUGCCCCCGUCGCAGCCGGCCGCCACCAGCGCGCCCACACUCACGACGUCCACGGCGCUGUCCGGCCUCGCGCUCGGCUCGGACGACUGCGCGGCGUCGGUCGCGACCAUUGGCGUGCAGCUGGCGACCGGCACGCGCGACGAGUGCGACGAGACGGCCGGUGUGUCGCAGCUGUUUAGCAAACUGGCGUUCCGCGCGACGCAGACGCGCUCGGACCUGCGGCUGUUCCGCGACAUUGAAGCCAUUGGGGGCGUGGUGCACGCGCGCGCAGGCCGCGAGUUUGUGCGCUAUAGCGUGAGCGUUUUGCCGGACCAGCUACCGGCCGCGGCCGAGAUUCUGGCCGAGACGACGCUCGCGCCCAAGUUUGCGCUCUACGACGUGGACGCGCAGAAGCGCCUGGUGCGCGCCGAGCACGACGCGAUCCGCGACGACCCGUCGCAGACGCUGCUCGAGGGCGUGCACGCAGCGGCGUUCUACGACGACGUGGCGCUCGGGCGGCCGCUCGCGCCCGUGGCCAACCUCGAGGCGCUGGACCCCGAAGCGCUGUGGAGCUAUUACAACCAGCACGUGAACACGGCGAACGCGGCGUUGGUGGGAGCGGGUGUGGCGCACGCUACGCUCACGGACUUGGCGAACCAGUUCUUUGGCUCGCUGGGUCAAGGCAGCAAAGUGGCGCGCGCGAGCGCUGCGUACGUGGGCGGAGAGACCCGGGAGAAGUACGCGUCCAAGUUCACGCGCGUGGCUCUGGCGCUUCCGACUGUGGGCCGCGAGUCGGCUGACUUUGGAGCGUCGCAGGUGCUCCGUGGACUGCUGAGCGUGCGGCUCAAGCACCACAAGAAGGUCGCGGCUGUGCUGUCGAGCUACAGUGACGUUGCUCUGAUGAGUCUGUGCAGCUACGCCGCCCCGUGGGAGGCAGGUGCGCUCGUGGAUUUGCUUGCGGCCGAGUUUGUGAAAGCUGCGUCGACGCCGGCGAGUAAGGAGGAGCUGGCUGCUGCCAAGACUACGGCGGCGCUCGAGGCGCUGGAGGACUACAGCACGCAGGCGGGCAACUUGGGUCGCAUUGGGCUGAUGGCCGCCUCGGGGCGUGUGCCCGAGUCGCCGUCGCAGAUUGUUGAGAACGUGACGGCUGCAAAGCUGCAGGAACUGGCUCGGAACGCACUGAAGGCCACGCCUUCGGUGGCUGCCUAUGGCGUGCUGUCGACUGUGCCUCACGUGGACGCGGUGGCAAGCAAGCUGCAGUAA